UAUGACGUUCAUACUCUGCGACAUGCCGGAGAAGAAGCAGCAGGCGUUUGAGCAGUUACAGUUGUACAUCAGCAUGUUGUUGUUUAAUGAGUGAAAUUGUGGACCAUAAUUUAAUUUUUACACGUAGCUUUAAAGAAGUCGACUGUGUUUGUAGCCACGUACUUUUACUUAAGUCUCUGGUCUACAAAUCCACAAAUACAGCUGGUAGCUAAGUAGCGUUAGCCACUCGUUCUAAGCCAUCGUCCUGUUCUUAACCGCUGCUGGUUAACGGAGAUUCUGACUGCGGUUUGGUUUUGGUUGUUUCUAAGUAUGAGUUAUGGAUAUAGCGGUGGAGGAGGAAGAAGGGGAAGAAGAGGAGGUCGUGGGUACAGAGAUGGCAGCAGAGAGAGAUGGGACAGAGGAGGUGGAGGAGGUUCGAGAGGACACAGCUCUGACUUUGACCAGGACCGAGACGGAGGUGGCCAAAGGACCCGUCCUCCUCCACACUUGAAGGGUCGUGAGAUCGGUCUGUGGUACGCAAGAUACGGAGCCGUGAGGAGGAAACAGGCUGACCGGAGAUCGCGUGCAGUGGUCCAGAUGGAUGAGGCUCGAGAGCAGCACAUUACCAAGCUGCUUAACUCGGUCCAGAAUGACCAGCCUGGUCUGGACAGAGACAGGAGGGAUAGUAAAGCCUCUACGUCUGACAACUGGCAGACAGCUGCCAAUAAAAGUGGUCAUUGUUACUUUGAUGGGGAUAUGCCUGAAGAGGAGAAAGUCAAAACUGAGGAAGAAGAAGAAGAAGUUAGUUCAGGCCAGAAGAAAUCACAAUGUUACUUCUCUGCAGCAGCAGCUAAAGAUGAGCCUCCGGACACGUGGGAUGAAGAUGAUCAGGAAGAAGAGGAGAAAGAGAAACCGAUAAGGAAAGACAAGGAUUUGGAGUACUUAUUUCAGGAAGUAGUUAGAGAUAGGUCACUGGAUAAUGACUUGAAGAGAGAUCUGCAGAGCAAGUCCUCAGAUACAAAGUACAGAGAAAUGCUGAAAUUCAGGGAAAAACUACCAUCCUACAGCAAAAAAGAGGAGCUCGUCGAGCUGAUCAACUCUAACCGUGUUCUAGUGGUGAGUGGGGAGACCGGGUGUGGAAAGACCACUCAAGUCACUCAGUUCAUCCUCGAUGACUAUAUCAACAGAGGCAUGGGUUCAUUAUGCCGUGUGGUCUGCACACAGCCUCGUCGCAUCAGUGCUAUCUCGGUAGCAGAGCGUGUAGCAGCAGAGAGAGCAGAAAGUGUAGGAAAUGGAAAUUCUUGUGGUUACCAAAUCCGCCUGCAGAGCCGGUUACCACGGAGACAAGGUUCAGUCCUGUACUGUACAACAGGCAUUAUUCUUCAGUGGCUUCGCUCAGAUCCAUUGUUGUCCAGUGUGAGUCACCUGGUGUUGGAUGAAAUCCAUGAGAGGAACCUGCAGUCAGAUGUUUUGCUCAUCAUUGUAAAGGACUUACUCAAACAACGGGAUGACCUCAAGAUCAUCCUCAUGAGUGCCACGCUCAACGCAGAGAAGUUUUCCAAAUAUUUUGACAACUGUCCAAUGAUCCACAUCCCUGGUUUGACGUUCCCAGUGGAGGAAUUCCUGCUUGAGGAUAUAAUAGAAAUGACCAGGUAUCGCCCCCAGAAUCAGGACCGUCGCCCUUCAUGGAAGAGAGGCUUUUGGCAGGGACGCCACUCCAGACCUGAGAAGGAGGAGAAAGAGGCUGAAUACAAGGAGAGCUGGCCUUGUUAUGCACGCACACUGAAGGGCAGAUACUCUGACAACACCAUCGAGGCACUGGAGACGUUAGACGGUGAUGACAAAAUUGAUCUGGAGCUGAUCCUGGCACUGAUCCGUUAUAUUGUGCUCAAUGAAGAGGAAGGAGCAAUCUUGGUCUUCCUGCCUGGCUGGGACAACAUCAGCAGUCUCAAUGACCUGCUUAUGGCUCAGCAGAUGUUUAGAUCAGACCGGUUUGUUAUCAUCCCUUUGCACUCCCUCAUGCCAACCGUUAAUCAGACACAGGUAUUCAAAAGGCCUCCUCCUGGAGUUCGAAAGAUUGUGAUUGCUACCAAUAUAGCUGAGACCAGCAUCACCAUAGAUGACGUUGUUUAUGUGAUAGAUGGAGGCAAGAUUAAGGAGACCAACUUCGACACCAACAACAACAUCAGCACCAUGACAGCCGAGUGGGUUAGCUUGGCCAAUGCCAAACAGAGGAAAGGACGCGCUGGCAGAGUGUGUCCAGGGAAGUGCUAUCAUCUGUACAAUGGUCUCAGGGCCAGCCUGCUCGAUGCCUAUCAAUUACCUGAAAUUAUGAGGACACCGCUGGAGGAGCUCUGCUUGCAGAUCAAGAUUCUGAAGCUCGGGUCUAUAGGUCGAUUCCUGGAGAAAGCCUUGGACCCUCCCACUGAAAAGGCUGUCAACCUAGCCAUCAAGAACCUCACAGACCUGAACGCCCUGGACCGAGCAGAGAAUCUGACAGCACUGGGUUUCCACCUGGCUCGUCUGCCUGUGGAGCCUCACAUUGGUAAACUCAUCCUGUUUGGAGCUCUGUUGGGCUGCCUCCACCCCGUGCUCACCAUCGCUGCUUCACUCAGCUUCAAAGACCCUUUCUUCAUACCCCUGGGCAAAGAGAAGAUGGCAGACAUGAGGAGAAAGGUCCUGUCUAGAAACUCUAAGAGUGACCACCUCACUAUUGUUAAUGCCUUCCAGGGCUGGGAGGAAGCUAAGCAGCGAGGUGCCAGGUAUGAGAGGGAGUACUGCUGGGACAACUUCCUAUCUGCCAACACACUCCAGAUGCUACACAACAUGAAGGGCCAGUUUGCUGAACAUCUCAUGCAUGCAGGUUUCGUCAGCAGCAGGGAUCCCAAAGACCCCAAAUCCAACGUCAACUCGGACAAUGAGAAAUUAAUCAAGGCGGUGAUAGUCGCCGGUCUGUACCCGAAAGUGGCCAUGAUCAGACCAUCUCACAGCAAAAAGAGGCCAGGGGUUAAGGUUUACACCCAGGCUGAUGGAAAAGUGUGUAUCCACCCAAAAUCUGUCAACGCUGAGGAGACGGAGUUCAACUAUACGUGGCUUAUUUACCACCUCAAGAUGAGAACGAGCAGUAUCUUCCUGUAUGAUUGUACCGAGGUGUCCCCAUUCUCACUGCUGUUCUUUGGAGGAGACAUCACCAUCCAGAAGGACGAAGACCAGGACACCAUCGCAGUGGACCAGUGGAUCGUCUUCAGAUCUCCAGCUCGCAUCGCUCACCUUGUUAAGAGUUUAAAGAACGAGCUGGAUUCGCUGCUGCAGGAGAAAAUCCGUAAUCCAGCUCCUGUGGACUGGCAGAACCGCCAGUCUAAAGACUGUGCUGUGAUCACAGCCAUCAUAGACCUCAUCACUACCCAGGAGAAGCCCACAGGCGGCAGUAAGGGCUAUGGCAGGACGUGGGCGUCUGCCCCAAGAGGACAACACAUUUACUUCAAUGACGAUGAUGAUGAUGAUGAUGAUUAGGGGUGGCUAUGAAGAGAAGAGCCACUGUAAUGACUGGCUGCAUCUUUGGACACAGGGGUUAGUUAGAGUAUUUAUAAUAUACCACUGGCCUCCUUAAUGGUUCUGCUUGGUUGAAGUUUUAGUGCUCUCUGGCUGCUCUUGAAGGCCAAACACAGGAGGCCAGUGCACUGAAAAACACCGUGCACUUGAAUGAUUACCAUUAUUCUUCUUUUGCCUGUUAGGUUUAAUAUUUUGCAAGGACCAAUUCAUCUUUGAAUAUACUCAGUAACUGCUUGGCUUAGUUUGUACAUUUUUGAUUUGGAUUAGUCUGUUGUUGAGCAAUGCCGGUUAAUGGCCUGUGCAAUAAAGAAGAUAUACCAUCA